AUGCUGGCUAGCCGGUUUCUACUACGGACCAUGUCAUCAAUCUCGCAGAAUCCAGUAUCUAGCUCUCACGCCGUCAUUGUGGUCGGCUCAGGUCUUGCCGGCCUCUCUGCGGCCUCGGAGCUAAUAUCACGAAAUGUCCCAGUCCAUAUCCUCGAGCGUCAGCAAAAGCCUGGGGGGAAUUCGAUGAAGGCUUCAAGUGGCAUCAACGGCACUCCAACUCGAUUUCAACCUCCAGGGUCGGACUCUGUCGCAGCUUUCUAUGACGACACGGUGAAGUCUGUCAGCCCCGGUAUCAUGUCCGGCACGACAAAAUUAAGGGCGGCCUUGAUCUCAAUGUUGACGAAUUCCUCUGCCGACGCUAUCAAUUGGCUGGUUGACGAGAAAGGCAUCGAUUUAUCCCGAGUGGCGCAAUUGGGCGGCCACAGUCAUGCGAGGACUCACCGAGGAGCUGGUUCCACACCGCCGGGAGCCAGUAUUGUCUCGACGCUGUUGAAUCAACUCAAGGCUAGCCCCCUUGCCACUCUGGAGAUAGGUUCGACCGUGACGGAGAUCCUGAAGUCUCAAGGCGAGGUUGUUGGCGUCCAAGUCUCGCGUAAUGGGGGGACAGAGACAUUGGAUGGACCGGUGAUUUUUGCUUCUGGCGGGUUCGCCGGCGAUUCCACUGGUCUUCUUGCGCGAUAUCGCCCUGAUCUGGCGGGACUUCCUUCAACAAACGACGCAUUGCCCGGUAGUCAACACAUUCUCGUCGAUGCCGGGGCACAAUUACUUGACAUGGAGCAAGUGCAAGUCCAUCCAACUGGAUUCGUGGAUCCAAAGGAGCCAUUCAAAGGCACCAAAUUCUUAGCUGCCGAGAUCUUGCGAGGUGAAGGGGGCCUUCUUUUGAUGCACGGACAAAGGUUUAUUGAUGAAAUGCAGACGAGGAAGGUGAUUACAGGGGCGAUAAUGGCAAGUCCGGUGAAGGAUAUCGAGCCGAUGAAACAAUGGGAGGUCUUGCUGGUGAUGGAUGAGGGAACUUAUGCAGCAGCAAAGAAUCACGUCGACUUCUACCUAUGGAAAGGAUUGAUGCGGAAGACGACCAUUUCGGAACUCGAAAAUACAGAUUCGGUAUUGGAGACGCUCAGGCAAUAUUCCAACAGUGUGCGAGGAAACAGCCCCGACCCCUUUGGAAGGACUUCAUUCGGCAAUUGGAGCCUUCUGAGUCCGACCCUGGAAUCCACAAUCUAUGUUGGCACCGUCACUCCCGUCGUUCACUAUACAAUGGGAGGAGUGGUGAUUACGCCGGAAGCGCAGGUUCUGGACUCAAGCGGCAAUCCUAUCAAAGGGCUUUGGGCUGCAGGAGAAGCCACUGGAGGGGUUCAUGGGGCCAAUCGACUUGGGGGUAGCAGCUUGCUGGAGUGUGUGGUUUUCGGCCGGAUCGCUGGGAAGAAUGCUGCUGCGUAUGUGGAAUCAAAGUCUGAAUAA